CUCAAAAUAAGUUACAAAUUUUAUCGCUAUAACUAGUGCUCAAAAAUGGGAAUUGCAUUUAAACAGUAUUGGGUGAUGUGCGGUAUUAUUUUGAAUUUAAUAACUAUUGGAUAUCAUCUGGGCUACACUACCAUUCUUCUUCGGGAUUUAAAGGCGCCUGGAUCAGAUAUACCGCUGAGCUUAGAAGCAGAGUCAUGGGUGGUGUCAGCGAUAGCAAUAUCUUCUCUGCUAUCGGGGUUGAUGGUCGCGCCCACCCUACAAAUACUUGGAAGAAAAUCAGCUCACAUAUCAGUCGUUCUUCCAAACCUCAUCGCGUGCCUGAUCCUGUAUUUUGCUCAGGACAUUACGGCGCUCGUGAUAGCCCGCUUGGCGUCUGGAUUCACAUUCGGGUCAACAAUAAUCGUUGCUGCCAUCAUCAUCGGAGAAUACUCGAGUCCUGAGUACAGAGGUGUAUUCCUCAAUGCAAAAUCAGCAAGUUACACGUUAGGUGUAUUUUUGGUGCAUUUCGUUGGUAUAUUUUAUGACUGGAGAAUGACCGCCCUCAUAGGACUGAUACCCUCAGUGUUGUCUCUAAUAAACACAUUAAGUUGGUCAGAAAGUCCGGCAUGGUUGGCUUAUAGAGGAAGAUAUGAAGCCUGCGAGGCCUCGUUUCAACAGUUGAGAGGAGACAGCUGUAGGGCUAAAGAAGAAUUGUUACUUUUAAUGGAAACACAAAGGAAUCGAAGAUUGAGUAAAGUUAAAGGCAAAUCUAAAAUCAGUAGCUUUAGACAAAAUCUGUCAAAGCUUGGCAAGAAAGAUUUUGUAAGACCUUCAUUGAUAGUUUUGUUUGUUUUUGUUAUUCUGGAGUCCUCCGGUCGGCACUCGUUUUCAGCUUACGCUGUUCGAUUUAUGUCUGCCUUUACAACUAAUGAUGCUAAUACUUUGUAUUACGUCCUUGCUGUGGAUGGUGUUGUUUGUAUUUCUGGAAUAUUAUCUUGCUUGAUUGUGAAAUUAUAUCGCCGUCGGACAAUAUUAUUUACCGCUGGCGGGUUAGCGUGCGUUUUGUUAGUAUCUAUUUGUGUAUAUUUGUAUUUAAAAGCUAAAGGCAUAGCUCCUGAAGAUAACAUCUGGUUGCCACUGACACUAUUACUUACGUAUCAUAUCGUUGUCAGCCUUGGUGUUGCGCCAAUAAUUAUGGCUUUACUAGGUGAGGUAUAUCCUUUAGAGCAUAAAGGUUUCGGGACUGUAGUUUCGGGAGUAUUUUUCUCCUUAUCGGUGUUAGUAGCAUUGAAAGUGACACCUGCACUAAUCAAGAGUAUGGAAGUAUAUGGAACGUUUUUGGUGUAUUCAUUGUGCCUGGCGGGAUCUUUUGUAUACUUGUACAUAUGUUUGCCAGAAACAGAAGGAAAAACUCUGCAAGAAAUAGAACAUCAUUUUAAUGGUGUUCCACUUACGUUGAAAAAUGAUACCGAAGACAAGUUGUUAAACAGUAAAUAAAUAAAGCAACUUUUACUUUU